AUGGGAGAAAACGCUACAUAUAUAGAAGCUGGAAAUUGCGUAGGAAAGAAAAAGAUUUCCCAAACGGGAAUCAAGGUUAACUGCAAUGGUGGCGAGAAACCAACAUUUGGUUCCCAUAACAUGGGGAUCAUCAACAAAGUUCAGUAUACUUCAGUUGAUGAUAUGUUUUCAGGCGAUUCAUUGUCAGAGUGCAAUUUAUUUUCUGGGAAAUGGGUGUUUGAUAACACGUCUUACCCUCUUUACAAAGAGAAAGAAUGCAAAUUCAUGUCGGAUCAAUUGGCCUGCAACAAGUUUGGAAGGGAGGAUUUGAGCUAUCAGAACUGGAGAUGGCAACCUCACCAUUGUGACCUUCCAAGGUUCAAUGCAACAAGAUUGUUGGAGAGGCUAAGGAAUAAGAGGAUGGUGUUUGUAGGGGAUUCUUUAAAUAGAGGCCAAUGGGUUUCAAUGGUUUGCCUUUUAGAUUCAUCCAUCCAGGAUCCAAACCUCAAAUUCAUGAACUACAAUGGUUCUAAUUUAAUCUCCUUCAAAGCCGUGGGGUACAAUGCAUCGAUCGAGUUCUAUUGGGCACCAUUGUUAGUCGAGUCUAACUCGGAUGAUCCAGUGAACCAUAAGCUACCAGAAAGGAUUGUUCGAUCUCAAUCUAUUGAAAAACAUGCUAGGUUUUGGACUGAUGCUGAUAUACUGGUAUUCAAUUCCUAUCUUUGGUGGAGAAGACCCCAUAUCAAAGUCUUGUGGGGUUCGUUUGAAGAUAAAAAUGGGAUAUAUAAGGAAGUGGAAAUGCUUCGUAGCUAUGAAAUGGCUUUAAAGACAUGGUCGGAUUGGUUGGAGAUUCAAGUUGAUCGAGCCAAGACUCAGUUGUUCUUUAUUAGCAUGUCACCUACUCAUGAAAGGUAA